AUGUUAGCCUUAAUUGAAAAUGCCGCCGCUUGUGAAAUCAGAUCUGUGAUUCGUUUUCUAAAUGCAAAGAAAGUUAAACCAUGUGAAAUUCAUCAGCAAAUCUGCGAGGUUUACGGACAAGCUGCUAUGAGUGAUUCAAUGGUUAGAAGAUGGGUCAGACAGUUCAAUGAAGGACGUGAUCAAGACCACGAUGAAGAACGAUGUGGACGCCCGUCUUUGGUUACUGAUGAACUGCUUUACGCAGUUGAAGAGAAGCUUAAGCAAAACCGUAAGUUUACAAUUAGUGCUCUCGUUACGGAAUUUCCGCAAAUCUCACGAUCACUAAUUCAUGAAAUUGUUACUGAAAAACUGAAAUUUCGAAAACUUUGCUCACGUUGGGUACCCAAAAUUCUUAUCGAACAACACAAAAAACAACGGAUGGGCAGUGCACUUCAGUUUUUGACACGCUACAAUGAAGAUGGUGAUGAUUUUAUUUCUCGGAUAGUCACGGGGGAUGAAACUUGGGUAUCUUACGAGACCCCAGAAACUAAACGGCAAUCAAUGGAAUGGAGGCACACGUCGUCCCCAACGAAAGUUAAGCCUAAGCACAUCUUGACACCUCGAAAACUCAUGUGCACCGUUUUUUGGGACAAAAAAGGCAUUUUGCUAAUUGAUUUCUUACCACGAGGCCAAACAAUCAAUGCACAUGUUUACUGCGAGACCAUUAAGAAAUUGCGCCGCGCAAUACAGAACAAGCGCCUAGGAUUACUGUCAAAAGGUGUUGUUUUUUUACAGGAUAAUGCCCGACCUCACACUGCGAACGUGACAAAAGAACUCCUACAGGAAUUUGACUGGGACGUGUUUGACCAUCCUCCGUACAGCCCUGACCUCGCUCCUAGCGACUUUCAUCUCUUUUUACACCUAAAAUCUUUCCUUGGUGGUCAGCACUUCAACGAUGACGACGAGUUGAAAGAACAUGUUACUACGUGGUUGAAAACACAGGCGGCAACCUUCUAUGACGAAGGCAUACAAAAACUUGUGCCACGCUAUGACAAGUGCCUACAAAAUUUCGGAAGCUAUGUAGAAAAUUAG